CGACACUCACUUGCUUGUGUUAUGCACCCUACCCAACAUGGCCGCGAUCGCAGCCCCUAGAUUAUUGAGGGCUGUCCCGAUCGUGGUGUUGUGCUCCCUUCUGCUCCACUCUACCCAACACGUACUAGCUUUUAAGGAGCACGAGUUUAAGAAAUGCGCACAAACUAGCUUCUGCAGCAGGAAUCGCAAUGUGCCACAGGGGGCCAAUUUCGAGAUUAUCCCCGCAUCUAUCAGUCUAAACACCGCCACGCUUACGGCUACGCUUCUCAACAAGCCGUACGGGAAACACCUUCAGCUUACGUUGACGUCGCACGCUGAUGGGUUCGUUCGCCUCAUGGUGGAUGAGUCUCCCAGCGUAGGUCGCUACCAGGUGCCGUCAGAUAUCCUGAUCUCAGGAUGGGAGAACAAAAAGCAAGGCUUCACGGAAAACUCCCGAACAGCUUCUUCCAUUACGCUGACAACGGGUGAAACUAAGCUGGAGCUCAACUUCCAGCCCUUCACCCUUGCGAUCACCGUUAAGGGCCAGCCAGCUCUCCAGAUCAACAGCCGGAACUUGUUCAACUUUGAGCACCGCCGGCAAAAGCAGGACAGCGACCCCGCCGGCUACUGGGAGGAGAGCUGGGGCGGCCACACCGACUCCAAGCCCAAGGGCCCCGAGGCGCUCUCCCUGGACCUGGUGUUCCCCGGCUUCCAACACGUGUACGGCAUACCGGAGCGCGCCACCAGCCUCAGCCUGCGGGCCACCAAUGGUGCCGCCCCCUACGGCGAGCCGUACCGGCUGUACAACCUGGACGUGUUUGAGUACCUGGACGACCACCCCUUCGGGCUGUACGGCAGCAUCCCCAUGAUGCUGGCACACAAGAAGGGCCUUACGCUGGGGGUGCUCUGGCUCAACUCCGCGGAGAUGUUCGUUGACGUGGUGAAGGAGCGCGGCCAGGUGGGCAGCCAGUGGGUGGCGGAGAGCGGCAUCGUGGACCUCUUCGUCUUCACCGCAGGCAGCCCCGCGGGGGUGCUGGCGGCCUACGCGCGGCUGGCGGGGCCCUCCGCCAUGCCGCAGCUCUUCUCGCUGGGCUACCACCAGUGCAGGUGGAACUACAAGGACGAGGCGGACGUGAAGGCGGUGGACGCGGGCUUCGACACCCAUGACAUCCCCUACGAUGUGCUCUGGCUGGACAUCGAGCACACCAACGGCAAGAGGUACCUCACCUGGGAUAGCUCGCUCUUCCCCUCGCCCGCGCCCAUGCAGCUCGACCUCGCCUCCCGCGGCCGCCGCAUGGUGACCAUCGUGGACCCGCACGUCAAGCGCGACCCGGGCUACUACGUCUUCGCGGAGGCGGAGGCGGCGGGGCACUACGUCAAGAACAAGUACAACACAGACUUUGACGGCUGGUGCUGGCCCGGCUCCUCCAGCUACCUGGACGUCACCAGCCCGGCGGUGCGGCAAUGGUGGGCGCAGCAGUUCACACUGGACCGCUACUCCGGCUCCACACCGCACCUCUACAUCUGGAACGACAUGAACGAGCCGUCGGUGUUCAAUGGACCCGAGAUCACCAUGCCCAAGGACAACCUGCAUGCGGGCGGUGUGGAGCACCGCGACACGCACAACCUGUACGGCGUCUACUACCACAUGGCCACCGCGGAGGGGCUGCAGCUGCGGGGGCAGCAGGCGGACCCGCAGGACGGGGACAGGCCCUUCGUGCUGUCGCGAGCAUUCUUCACGGGCACCCAGCGUGUGGGCCCCAUCUGGACGGGCGACAACGCGGCCCAGUGGAGCCACCUGCGCGUGUCGGUGCCCAUGGUGCUGUCGCUGGGGCUGGCGGGGCUGCCCAACGUGGGGGCGGAUGUGGGCGGCUUCUUCGGCAACCCGGAUGCGGAGCUGCUCACAAGGUGGUACCAGCUGGGCGCCUACUACCCCUUCUUCCGAGGCCACGCGCACCUGGAGACGCAGCGCCGCGAGCCCUGGCUGUUCGGCCCCGAGGCCACCGCCCGCAUCCGCGCCGCCAUCCGCACGCGCUACAGCCUGCUGCCGUACAUCUACACGCUCUUCCGCGCCGCCAACACCAGCGGGCAGCCCAUCCUGCGGCCGCUGUGGUUCGAGUUCCCGGAGCAUGAGGAGCUGUUUGCGGUGGACGAGGAGUUCCUGGCCGGCCCCGCCAUGCUGGUGAAGCCGGUGGUGGCGCCGGGGGUGGGCCAGGUGGAGGUGACGCUGCCGGGCGGGGCCAGGUGGUACGACGCGGCCACGGGGGCGCUGGUGCCGCCCGCCGCCAAGACGAAGAGCCACCGGGUGCAGGUCACCCUGGACGCCAUCCCCGUCUACUACCGCGGAGGCCACAUCGUGCCCCGCCGCGAGCGCCCCCGCCGCAGCACCGCCGCGCAGGCCGCCGACCCGCUCACCCUGGUAGUGGCGCUGGACGAGCAGGGCGGCGCAGAGGGGGAGCUGUACAUGGACGACGGCCGCUCCUUCGCCUUCCAGCGGGGCGGCUACCUGCACCGCCGCUUCGUAUUCCGCAGCAUGAAGCUGGUCAGCAGCGCGCAGCAGGUGCCGGCGGGUGGGGUGCCCGAGGGCACUCUGACGCUGCCUGUCAGCAUCGAGCGGGUGGUGUUUCUGGGUCUGCCGCCCUCGCGGCGGGGCUACAAGGCGGUGGUGGGCGGCAGCAGGCAGGCGGUGCCGCUGGAGGCGGGGCCGCUGUCGCUGGUGGCGGCGCCGGGGGCGGAGGCGGCACUGGUGCUGCGGAAGCCGGAUCUGCCGGUGUCGCACGACUGGGAGGUGGAGAUUGUAGCGGUGUGAGGGGAGGAGGAGGAGGUGGUAGGUGUCAGGGUGCGUUGCAUGUGGUGGGAGGGGUUGAUGGAUGGGCGGUAUUGCGUCUUUCACAUCAGAGGUUAGGACGCGUUGGGUGGAUGUGCAGGUUGAUGGCGGAGAGAGCUUCAGGCAUGGCGCAUGGGAGGCAGUUGGGGCAUCUGGAGGGUAGAGAGGAGGCCGAGGGCAGACGGAUGGGGUAUUGGUGCUGGGGUGGUGGGGCAUCUUUUGCGCGCGCGUGCGUUGGCUUCUGGUGGUGGUGAUGCGGCACAGCAGUGUGGUGCUGCGGUGCCCCUGUUGGAAGGGGUACAGGAGGGUGGCGUGCUGACUGCUGAGGACCGUGAACGCGAUUACAAGCAAACCCAACUGUUGCAGUGGGGGGGGCCAGCUAUCGCACGCCACAAACACGUGGCGAGUCAACUUAGACACACAUGGUCAUUUAAACUCCCCACUAAACUCCGCUCAUGACGCCCCAGCAUUCCCCAGAGCCGUGCAC